ACCCAGGUUACUAUGAAAUAUCAGAAUUGUUAUUGUCAAAAGGGGCUUAUGCUGACCCUCAGUGGAAAUCUAAAAGUCCACUAUAUAUUGCUGCCCAAUGUGGAAAUGCAAGAAUGGUGGAGUUAUUGUUGCAUCAUGACGCAGAGCCUAAACAUGUGGUAUACACACCGCUGAAAGCAGCAAUCUCUGGUCGUUCAUUGAUAGGCUUGGAAUUACUUAUCAAGGCUGGCGCCCCUGUUAAUAUUGGUCUGCCUGAAACUCCACUGGUAGAAGCUGCAGCUGCUGGCUUAACUGACUUCGUCAAGUGUUUGUUGAAAGCUGGCGCAAAUGCAAACAUACCCGAUGAUAAUGGUAGGGUUGCAGUAGAAAUUGCUGCAAUCCAAGGAUGGCAAGAAUGUGUCGAGGUUCUUUUCCCUGUCACGGCCCCUUUGGCUAGAGUUGCAGACUGGAGCAUUGAUGGAUUACUUCAAUAUGCAAGAUCUAUAAGUUCCAAAACACAACAUCCUGUGCUCCAUGAAGACCAUGAACCUGAUUAUGAAGCAGAAGGGGAUGCCACAUUCUGUAGAAGGGAUUAUUCUCAUGCAUCGAAUCUCUAUACUAUGGCAAUGGAAAUUGACCCUGAUAAUUCAACCUUGUAUGCAAAGAGGAGCCUUUGCUUUCUGUACACAGGCUAUGAAGGAGAGGCUUUGGAGGAUGCUACUACCUACAAAGAUAUGCAUCCGAAUUUAUCAAAAUCCUGCUAUGAGCAAGGAGCAGCUCUUAUUCUGGUCAAGGAGUAUGGCAGAACAUGCGAAGCACUCUUGCCUGGCUUGAUCUCGGAUUUUUGAAGCAAACCAACUGACAAACUGUUAGGGGAAGGACCAUCCGUCAAGAAAGGUUGUUAGUGUAAAGGCAAGAAAGAAGGUUGUUACUGCACAGGAAAAACAGAGGUUCCUAGCUGUUACUCCUUACUCGUAUUCGUAUAGGCGUAUAGUACUACUGCACAGGCAAGAGCAGAGAUUCUUAGUUCUUAGUUGUUGAUACGAUUAGGUAAUACAUUGGCACAGACAAGAUAAUGACGGAUGAGCAUCCGUCCAAAAAACCUGUGGUGUUGUGUUUUUUGUUGGAUCCUGCUUUUUCUCCACUGUGGAACCUGUUCCUGUUUUGAACGGCUGUUGCGUGUUAUAUACGUGUUAUAUGUACAUAUAGUAAGGCCUUUAGAUGUGAAAAUUUUUUGUA